AUGUCGGACCACUUCACACCAAUUGACAAGGCUUUGGAAGCCUUCAAGCAGAACAAAUUUUUGAUGGUUCUGGACGACGAAGACCGCGAAAAUGAGGCGGAUCUCAUCUGCGCUGCUCAGGACAUCACACAGGAGCAAAUGGCCUUCUUAGUACGUUACUCUUCCGGGUAUGUUUGCGCUCCGGUAAGCAAUAGCGUGGCAGACCGCAUCGACCUGCCCUUGAUGCGGGAUAUGGACGUAAAAUCAUCUCAGGACGAUCGCCAUGGAACUGCAUACACGAUCACUUGCGAUUACGCGGAGGGCACGACAACAGGAAUUUCCGCCCACGACAGAGCUUUGACGUGCAGAAAGUUAGCGGAUGUCGGCACCAAGCCCUCAGACUUUCUCAAACCGGGCCACAUUGUACCUCUUCGAGCUGUGGAUGGCGGUGUACUACAACGAGAUGGGCAUACUGAGGCUGCCGUCGAUCUGUGCAAGCUAACGGGCAAGGUGCCUGUGGGGGUGAUUUGUGAAUUAGUGAGAGACGAAGAUGGACUCAUGAUGCGCUUAGAUGACUGUAUCAAGAUGAAAGAAAAAUUUGGUAUUGAUAUCAUCACGAUCAAGGAGUUGAAAGCUUACCUGCUGCAUAGACGUUAA